UUUCACUCAGGACUGGAAGGGCUGGGAUGCCUUCCGUCCGGGACCGACACGCGUCGUAGAGAGCUGGUUCUGAUUCUCUCGCACCAGCAUCAUCCAUGGGCUUGCAUUUCACAGCAAGGCGUUCGGGGCGUUGCACAAACACCACUUUAUCUCCCCUCCCAUCACCAUUACCAUCACGUUUACGACCAACCAAAAAGUUCUUGUUUUCUUGUCUUUCUGCCGGCAUACCACACAACCAGCGAGGAGUUCAUACUGGGCACCAAACUAUCCUCGCGAGAGGGCUUGGCUUGCCUACACGGCUUGCUGCAUUUCUUGUUUUUAUUUUGACAUGUUUUCACAACCAGCGGCGAAGGAUAUACCCAGGUGCCGGUGAGGGCUUUCGGACUACAGGUCCACUUUGUCUAUGUAGUUUUUAUUACAGGAGGGGUUCUCCGGGAUGGAGGCCUUUUGAAUCGAUACGUUUGAGACGUCUCAUCAGUGUGCUUUGCUCUGCCUGUGCAUGUGUGAAGCGGUUCAGAGUGGAGGAUAGUGACGACUCGAUGAUGCUGGAGUCGCAUCAUGGCUCUUGGUAUGACCCCGGUAUGUCGUCCUUCCAUAGCUUUUGCCUUUCCUUGCCUUGCCCUACCCCGCAGCCACACCGCGCCUCAUCCCGUCUCGAAUCAAACCGUGCCCUUGGCUCCUUCUCAACCCCUCUCCUCAACUGCACCUCGGACGUUGGCGUCCCCUCCGUAGUCUCGUCGGCCACCUCCGCCCAUACCGCGCUAGCCCCAAGCUGGAAAUCCCUCUCCCAUCACGCGCGCGUUCCUGGUUUCAGCGCCAAGCUCAGCGCGUCAUUGGCGCAGCCCGCCGAUCGUUGUGCCACACACGCCUCGAUCUGUGGCGGUCAUCCAGACGUCGGUGCGCCGGGCUUGGGCUCGGAUGUCGGGGGGAAAAGAAGAAAAAUUUCGAAGUGGGAAGUGGGAAAGUGGAGUGUGAAGAAUUCUUUAGUGUAGCGGAGGAGGGCGCUGGCGGGCUGCGGCGGGAGAGCAGCGCGCGGUGGGUUCUGGAAUCCUGCCGUGGGGUGGGCUAAGAAUAGAGUGGAGUUGUUUUACUUGAAUUUUAAACUUGCAGGUGGGC